AAAAUAAAAUACUAUUCGUUCACUCGGCGUCAUAAUCUCGGACGGGACGGUAUUGCCGCUCGUCCUCUCGCGUGUGUUGUGCGUUUUUGUGUUGUGGACGUUACGCUGAGCCAAGGCUCGCGUCUCGCAGAUUCGGGCAACGCCCGGCCGCAUCGCGGCUAGUGAAGUUUAUUAUUUUGGUUUUGAUCUAGUUUUUAUUUGAGUAGUCAAAAGUGACCUCAGUGAUCUGUGAAGUGUACAGUGUGUGCAAUAUGGCUACCCUCACCGUAUUUACGGUCCUCGUCGCCCUGCUCGCGAUUGGAGCAGUGCGAUGCGAGGACGAAACGAUCGGACCGAUAUUCAUGAAGGAACCCCCGAACCGAGUGGACUUCAGUAACACGACCGGAGCCGUAGUUGAAUGCGCCGCCCGAGGAUCACCCACGCCUGAUGUUAUUUGGGUACGAGCUGAUGGAACUGCUGUUGGCGAUGUCCCUGGAUUGCGACAGGUGUUGCCGAACGGAAACCUCGUGUUCCCCCCAUUCCGCGCCGAAGAUUACCGUCAGGAAGUGCACGCUCAAGUCUAUGCUUGCUUAGCUAGGAACCCAGUUGGCACUAUCCACUCUAGAGAUGUUAAUGUCCGCGCCGUGGUUUCUCAAGCAUAUACAGUUAAUCUUGUCGAAGAAAAUGUUCUGCGUGGUAAUGCAGCAAUAUUCAAGUGCCUUAUCCCCAGUUUUGUCACGGAAUAUGUUCAUGUCUCGUCUUGGAUCAUAUCGGAGGGAGAUGAUGAAUAUGAGAUUAAAAUAGACGAUACUGUCACUAACGAUGAGGGAAAAUACUUAGUCCUACCAUCUGGUGAAUUGCAUAUUCGUGAUGUUGGACCUGAGGAUGGUUACAAGUCAUACCAAUGUAGAACAAAACAUAGGCUUACUGGAGAAACUCGUUUAUCUGCUACCAAGGGACGUCUUGUUAUCACUGAGCCUAUAGGGCGUGUGCAACCCAAGUUCUCUUCAAGUCAAGUGGGCGCGAUGUUCGUAGCCACAAUGGAUGCGUCAUUUUCAUUGCAGUGCCCAGCACAAGCAUUCCCUGUCCCCGUGUUCAGGUGGUACAAGUUUAUCGAUGGCACGGCUAGAAAGCAACCAGUUGUUCUUAAUGACAGAGUAAAACAAGUUUCUGGAACCCUGAUUAUCAAAGAAGCUAAGGUUGAGGACUCAGGAAAAUACUUGUGCGUCGUAAAUAACUCUGUCGGAGGUGAAUCAGUGGAAACCGUGCUUACCGUGACCGCACCGCUGAAAGCAACAGUUGAACCGGCCACACAAACCGUUGACUUUGGACGUCCCGCAGUUUUCACAUGCCGAUACGAAGGAAAUCCCGUCAAAACUAUCACAUGGCUGAAGGACGGCAAGGACAUGAAACACCACGACCCCACUCUAAGAAUCGAGUCAGUCAAGAAAGAAGACAAGGGAAUGUACCAAUGCUUUAUCAGAAACGACCAAGAAAGUGCAGGAGCCAGUGCCGAAUUGAAGCUCGGAGGACGAUUCGAACCACCCCAAAUCCGCCACAGCUUCUCCGAACAGACCCUCCGCUCUGGACCAUCUCUACGCCUCAAGUGCGUUGCAUCUGGCAACCCCACCCCCGACAUCGCCUGGCAACUCGACGGCGACAAGCUCAACAGCGGGGAGAGACUGCAAAUCGGACAAUUUGUCACCGCCGACGGAAACGUGGAAUCCCAUUUGAAUAUCUCCUCUGUGCACACUAAUGACGGUGGAUUGUACUCUUGCAUCGCGUCUAGCAAGGUCGGCAGCGCAUCCCACUCGGCCCGCGUUAACGUGUACGGCCUUCCCUACGUGCGACCGAUGAAGAAACGCCCCGUCGUCGCUGGAGACACCCUCAUCGCGCACUGCCCUGUGGCCGGAUACCCUAUUGACUCUAUUGUGUGGGAACGUGAUGGACGCGUGCUACCGAUCAACCGCAAACAGAAGGUGUUCCCCAACGGCACGCUGGUGAUCGAGAACGUGGAGCGAAUGAGCGACCAGGCCACGUACACGUGCGUCGCCAAGAACUCGCAGGGCUACAGCGCCCGAGGACAACUCGAACUGCAAGUUAUGGUACCGCCCUUGAUAGUGCCGUUCACAUUUGGAGACAUUCCAUCCAACCCUGGAGACGCGGUGAUUGUUAACUGCCUCGCGACCAAGGGUGACUUACCACUAGACAUCUCAUGGACCUUUAGCAGCGAAACGAUCGAUUCGAAUAUGCACCGUGACAUCAUGACAACGCCUUUGGGUCGCCGUGCAUCUGUGCUUACAAUAAAUUCUGUGAGCGCAAACCAUCAAGGAAACUACACUUGCAUUGUGCAAAACGCCGCCGGACGCGCAGAACAUGCGGCGACUCUCGUCGUUAACGUUCCCCCACGUUGGAUUUUGGAACCCACUGACAAAGCCUUUGCCCAAGGUUCUGAUGCUAAGGUUGAAUGUAAAGCUGAUGGCUUCCCUAAGCCCCAGGUCACAUGGAAGAGGGCUGAAGGUGAUACGCCAGGCGAUUACAAAGACCUAAAACCAAAUAACCCAAAUGUUAAAGUUGAAGAUGGCACAUUGACUAUUUCUAAUAUCCAAAAGACAAAUGAGGGUUACUAUCUUUGUGAAGCUGUUAAUGGAAUUGGAUCUGGAUUAUCUGCAGUAAUUCUUAUUAGCGUUCAAGCUCCACCCCAAUUCGAGAUUAAGAUGCGCAACCAAACUGCUCGCCGAAGUGAACCUGCUGUUUUGCAAUGCCAAGCUAAGGGUGAAAAGCCAAUUGGUAUUAUCUGGAAUAUGAACAACAAACGUCUCGAACCCAAAUCCGACCCACGAUACACGAUUCGCGAAGAAAUCUUACCAGGUGGUGUUGUAUCCGAUUUAAGCAUCAGACGCACCGAACGAUCCGACAGCGCCCUGUUUACUUGCGUAGCCACAAAUGCAUUUGGAUCCGAUGAUACUAGCAUCAACAUGAUUAUUCAAGAGGUUCCCGAAGCGCCAUACGGUUUGAAGGUUUUGGAUAAAUCUGGAAGAACUGUACAACUCUCAUGGGCUGCUCCCUACGAUGGAAAUUCGCCUAUUAAGAAGUUCCUCAUUGAAUAUAAACGCGCUAAAGGCAACUGGGAAAAAGAUAUUGACAGAGUACUUGUCCCGGGAGAUGCCACUGAAGCCGGAGUGUUCAGCCUUAGACCAGCCACCGCUUAUCAUAUUCGCAUCGUCGCCGAAAACGAACUGGGAACCUCUGAACCAUCUGAAACUGUUACCAUCAUCACCGCUGAAGAAGCCCCCACUGGAAUGCCACAAGAUGUCAAGGUCGAUGCUGCUGAUAAACACACCCUCAGAGUUACCUGGAAACCACCUCCACCUCAGGACUGGAAUGGCGAACUCCAAGGAUAUUAUGUUGGUUACAAACUGGCGUCAAGCAACAAGUCUUUCGUAUUUGAAACUGUUGAUAUUUCCAAGGAAUCCGGCAAGGAACACCACCUCGACAUUCUUAAUCUGAAAACGUACACCCAAUACUCGAUCGUAGUGCAAGCGUUCAACAAGAUGGGAUCCGGUCCAGUGUCGAACGAGGUCCGCGCGUACACAGCUGAAGGCGCACCUUCCGCCCCCCCACAGGACGUGCUCUGCACCACUCUCACUGCGCAAACUAUCCGCGUGUCCUGGGUCUCCCCCCCUCUCGCGGCCGCUAACGGACUCAUUAAGGCGUACAAGGUUAUCUACGGCCCGAGCGAGACUUGGUAUGACGAGAAAACCAAAGACACAAAGAUCACGGCGAGCAGCGAAACUAUUCUCCACGGCCUCAAGAAAUUCACGAACUACUCUAUGGAAGUGCUCGCGACCACCAACGGCGGUGAUGGCGUCAGAUCGGUCCCCAUCCAUUGUCAGACUGAACAAGACGUUCCCGAAGCCCCUCGAGCAGUGAAGGCCCUAGUAAUGGGAGCAGAUUCGAUCUUGGUAUCCUGGAGACCUCCCGCGCAACCCAAUGGUGUCGUCACUCACUAUAACGUCUACACGCAGGCACAGAACGCUGAACCCCAUCCUAAUAAGGUACCCGCCUCUCAAACGAGCUACUCCGCGACCGAACUGAAGGCUGGACGUUACGACUUCUGGGUGACCGCUUCCACCAACAUCGGAGAAGGACAACCCUCAGCCACCGCAUCUUGCAGCCCUAGUGACAAAGUUCCCGCCAAGAUUGCAUCGUUCGACGAAUCAUUCACCGCUACAUACAAGGAAGACGUUAAACUGCCCUGCCUCGCCGUCGGAGUUCCCCCACCCAAUAUUUUGUGGAAGGUAAAAGGACACCCUCUAGAAGCCUCCGAACGAGUUCGCCAACUGCCCGAAGGAUCUCUGCAAAUCGCCGGUGUAGCGCGCGAGGACGCGGGCGAGUACUCUUGCCACGUUGAGAACCAAUUCGGCACCGACACCGUGACACACACGCUUUCCGUACUUGCGCCCCCCUUCCCCCCACAACUGAGCAUCGCGUCGUCCUCCGUGUCGUCACUGACUCUCCGCCUGAAGCCGCCUGUAGACGCCGACCAAUCAGCUGCCGGUUAUACCAUCCAUUAUAAACAGGAAUUCGGAGAUUGGGAAACCGUUCAGAUUCCAAGCAACACUGACACUUACACACUGGAGAACCUCUUCUGCGGAUCUAGAUAUCAACUUUACGUGACUGCUUACAAUGGCAUCGGCACGGGCGAGGCGUCGGACGUGGUGAUCGCGCGCACGCGCGGCUCCAAGCCGCCCGUGCCGCGCGCCGCCGACUUCAUCGAGGUGGGCUCCUCCUCCGUCACCUUGCACCUCAAGCAGUGGCUCGACGGCGGCUGUCCCAUGAGCCACUUCGUCGUCGAGAACAAGAAGAAGGGCGCCCCUGAAUGGAACCAGAUCUCUAACGCUGUAAAGCCCGGCGGAAACUUCGUUGUUCUUGAUUUGGAACCCGCUACCUGGUACGUUCUGAGGAUCACGGCACACAACAACGCUGGAUUUAACGUUGCUGAGUAUGAAUUCGCCACUCUUACUAUGACUGGAGGUACGGUCGCCCCGCUGCCAGGCAACGGUGAUGAUAAAGAGCUCCCCCCAUGGGUUAAGGCUUGGCUGGAACCGGAAGUGCUGGUGCCGAUAUUGGCGACGAUCGUCGUGUUCAUUGUUGGAAUGGUCGUGAUCUGCUUGACGCUGGCGAGACGUAACACUCCGCAUAGACUGCGAGGUCAGAAGGACGGUUACUACGACGCCGUGUACAACGCGUCGCAGGCGGCGCUGGGCGGCGGCGGCGGCACGCUGGACAAGCGCGGCGGGCUGCGCGACGAGCUCGGCUACAUCGCGCCGCCCAACCGCAAGCUGCCGCCCGUGCCCGGCUCCAACUACAACACGUGCGACCGCGUCAAGCGGCAGGCCGUUAUCAUGGGCGCGCACUCCACGUGGGACCCGCGCCGCCACCACUAUGAGCGCGUGCGCCGCACCCGCCUGCGCCGGCCCGGAUCCGGUGAUACCAUAUCGACAGGCAUGGAAGACGAAAUCUGCCCCUACGCGACGUUCCAUCUGCUAGGCUUCCGCGAAGAGAUGGACCCCAGCAAGGCGAUCGCGUUCCCGCACCACCACCCGUCGCACGCGGGCACGCUCGCGCACCCCCACCCCCACCCCCACCACCCGGCUCACUCGCGCGCUGGAUCUCAGAGCAUGCCCCGUGCCAACAGUCGUUACGCUCGCAAGAACUCGCAAGGUGGACAAAGCGCUAUCUACUCUACGGCUCCCGAAUACGACGACCCCGCUACCUGCGCUGAAGAAGACCAAUACCGUGCCCGCUAUUCCCGCCCCAUGUACGCUUGCGGCCCCGAGUACGACGAGCCCGCGUGCUGCGCCCCCGAAGACGAACAGUACACCGGCGCUUAUGGCACUCCCUACUCCGAUCAUUAUGGCUCCCGACCCAGCAUUGGUACCCGCAAGUGCGGCGGCUCCCCCGAGCCUCCCCCACCCCCUCCCCGCAACGCGAACAACGACAACAACUGCUCCUCCUCAUUCAACGAAAGCAAGGACUCGAACGAAAUCUCCGAAGCCGAGUGUGACCAACCCCGCAACUAUCCUGUCAGGGCCCACACUGCCAAGGACGGCUUGCACAGCGAGGAAAUGAGAAAACUCAUUGACAGGAAACAGUAAGUCAAAACCAGAAGCAAACACCCCAAUCCCCCAGCAAGCAAUCCACGGGCGGGGACUCACAGCCUACGAUACUGUGGCAGUGUAACUUGUAAAGCGUUACACUGACGCCGCUACUCGACACGCCCACUCUUCAUUCACUCCCUAGUCCUUCAGAUGGUUGCAACCACGCUGUCGCAAUAUCCGCCACCAUUAUACCCUUUUAACAAUUUUUUGCCUUUAUGCCAGUUUGCUUUGCUUAGCGCAGAUAAAGCAAUAAAGUUGCCAGCAGCGUGGUUGUCACAUCUCUCAUGCCAUUUCGUUUACGUGUCGCAUUGUUUAUCGCCGUUUCUUACCAGUUUUGUUUGCACGCGAGUGCCAUAGCAUCAGGAAUCAGUUUUAAAUUGGCGUCUCGUUUUGCAAAGUUGGGAAGUGUGAUGUAACGUGUCCUCCCGUAGCGCACCCACAACGCGUCACACAAACAAAUAGUGUUACCAUAUUUAUCGGAAAUUUAUGGUUGUGGUAGGUAAUUCAAAUUGAUAUAUUUCCUUUAGAAACGUGACGUGUGCCACAAUGUUUAUUUAAUACACGGUACGAUUGCUUUCCCAUCUUUGUCAAAACAAAAAAAACGAAUGACGAAACUUUUUUUUUAUUUGAUCUUAUUUGUUCAGCUUAAUUUAAAUAACGAGUGUUAUAUGUGCUGGUCUUGGGGUAUUAACGGUUUCCAUUUAAAUUAAGCUCAACAUGUAAUAACGAUGUGAUAUUUUGUAUUUUACCCAUUUUAUUUUUAUGUGAAUUGUACUAACAUUACAUAACGUUAUUUAUAUUUGUGUAAGUUUGUAUUUACACCACUCGCAGCCGCCCGGUUGCUAUAAUGCUUCCUUUACAAUGUUUAAGUUUUAAUUAAUAAUGCUUUUACCAUUUGCGUUAUCUUAUCCUAUUUUAUAUUAUUAUUGUCAUUUAAUGUUUUGCGUUCACAUACACUACUUGAAGUAAGCCUAGAUGUAAGCAUUUUAUUAGUAAUCAAUUCUUUAACAAAUAUACUGUGUAAUCAGUACCUAGUUAGUAUGUAAGCAUUUAACAUUUCUGGCUAAUUUUUUAUUAUAUUCAUGAUACAUUAUAAUUCAUAGGAAUAUUAAUUCAAAUAAUAAUUAUAGUAUAACCGAUCAUCCUUGCAGUCAAUAUACUUAAAUAACAAGCGGAAACAAAAAUUGAAUGUGUACUGUUACCCUAAUGUAAUAAGGUGCAUUUUUUAUUCGUAAUAUUAAUCUUUCUAUAUUAUGAUACGAAAUACGUAGAUGUAAGACACGAGCGUGUCAUUUUCUAGAUGUCUCCCUGUAUGUUGUGUCGUGUAAGCUUUGCAACGUAGACUCGUAGAUAGGUUCUCGCGACUUCCUAGCUAACGAUCUCUUCUAUGAACCUUCCAAUUAGAAUUUUUGGAUUAACAUUAAAUAUGUAACUUAAAGUAUAUGUAAUGGAAAUUAAGAAAAAUUAUUCGAAAUUUAAAAUUAGAUGUUCGAAAUUUAAAAUCGUACGUUUACUCGAUCCGGCAACGCUAAGCUAAGUUUUAAAGUAACCGAGUUUUUUCUAAUCAUAUUUUGGUGGUAUGCUUAUACGAAUGUUUCGUUUGCGGCUUUAUUACGAUUUUGGAUUUGUGCAAAAGGUCAUUCGCUAUUCGCAACUAACUGUUUGUACCAAAGUGUUUUGAUUUGUGUUGAAUAAAGUACUCAAUGUCAACUACA